UUCCCGGUUCUCUGGCGGAGAGCGCGCGCUCCGGAGGAGGUCACUGCAGGUCUUGGGGAAAGGAGUCCUAGUUCUUUCUAAUACGGGAGUCUCCUACUUUUCUGAAAGGAGAGCCUCAGAAAAGCCGCUGCUGACCGGAGGUUCUUGCAGUCAAAUCGUGGUCAGAACUCCCCCAUCCGUCCUCGUGCCGGGAGGAGAUGGACGUUUCUGUGGGGACAGAUGUUUUCAUCCUCCUCAGUAUAUACCUAGGAGUGAAAUCUCUGGGUCAUAUGAUAAUUCUGUGCUUAACUUUUUGAAGAACCGCCAAACUUUACCGCAACAGCUACAUCAAGUCAUAAAUUCUAGGGAUUCAAGGUAAACGAGAUGAUAAAGUCACUGAGUUUCAGGUGGUUUUACAGCAAUAAUAAUAAAAAAAAAAGAAUAGAUAAUUGAUAUAUUAAUAAUUGUAAAUGUCCUAAGCACACCAGUUAAAUUAGAUCAGUUUAGCUAGAUUAGAACACAGGGUUUUUAAAGUGCAGGUAUGUACAAGAGGCACAUCUGAAGUUCAAAGAUACAGAAAGGUUGAAAAUAAAAGGAUAGAAAAUGGUAUCUCAGGCAAAUACGAACCAGAAGAAAGUUGGGAUAGCUUUAAUAUGAAAAAUACUCUAAAGAACAAGGAUUACUAGAGAACAGAGGGUUCUCUAAUAAUAAUAAAAGCUAUAAUUUGCUAGGAAUAUGUAAAAAUUCUAAACUUGUAUGUAUCUAAAAGUCCACGCUAAAACAUACAAGGCAAAACUUGACAAAACUACAUUUAUGAAUAUGUUAAACUUUAUAAAACAAGACUCAACAAAUUCCAAAGGAUAUAAAACUGUUCUCUAACCACAUGUUAAAAAUCAAUAGCAAAUAUAACUGUAAAACCUCUACAUGUUUGAAAAUGAAGAAACCUGUUUCUAAAUAACUGAUGUAUCAAAGAAGAAAUAAUGGAAAAUUAGAAAAUACUGAGAACUAAAGAAUAUUCUGCAUAUCAAAACCGUGCUUAUGGUAAGAUUCACCUGUAAUUCUUUAUCAUUUCAACCACAAAUCUAAUUUCUUUAAAUAUCACAGUAUUAUUCCAGUUUUUUAUUUCUUCUUGAGUCAAUUUUGGAAAGUUAAAAUUUUCCAGGAAUUUAUUCCAUCCAGUUUUAAAUUUGUAAAAAGUUACCUUUUUAAUCUCUGCAGCAUCUAUGAUUAUGCUUCCAUUUUCAUUUCAUUUCCACACGUACAUGAAAACUUAAUUUAUGACAAUAUCAGCAGGGAAAGGAUUGACUUUUCAAUAAAUGGUGCUAGGACAAUUGGUUAUUCAUAUAGGGGAAAUUUUAAAUUGGACCCUUAGCACAUACAUACACAAAAAUCAAUUCCCAGUGGAUUAAAGACAUACAUGUAAAAGGCAGAAGUAUAAAAUGUUGAAAAGAAUAAUGUAGGGAAAUAUCUUUUAAGUUUGAGGGUGAGGAAAACGUAAUACACAAAAAGUGCAAAUAUAAAGGAAAAGAUUAAAAAAUUUCUUACGUUGUAUAUAUUCAUCAAAAGACACCAGAAGUGGAAAGACAAGCCACACUGGGAGAUGAUGUUGACCACAUUAUCAAAGGAUUCAUAUACUUUGGCAGUAGCCAGAGGAAAACCGAGAGUUCACAGGGGUGUCAAGCGGAUAUGUGCGGUGGGUGUUUGCUGCAGAUGAGAGAGACUUUGAGCAUAUUUGAAUGUUGAUGGGUAAGAAGGAAAGAUUGAAAAUACUGAGAGAAGUGGAAUAAUUGAAGGAGUGGGAUCCCUGAAGAGUAGGGAGGGUGUGGAAUCCACAAUACCUGCAGAGAACCUCAGAUAUUUAAGCACUAACUUACAAUUAUCUCAGAAGCGGAGCCCUUGGUGUUGACUCUUUGCUCUCCUUGUAAAGCAUCUGUAGACUUCCUCACAAAGAUAUUAUUUUGCAAAUUCCUUAACUGUACCAGGCAUGCUGAGCAUACAGUGGUGAGCAAAAUCAGACCCAGGCCCUGUCCUCAUGAUUUUAUGAUUUAUCAGUGGAAACAGACAUUAAUUUAAAAAUCUUUAGUGUUUGCAUUGUUUAUAGAACUUUCUUGCAUUUCUUAUUCUUUAUGUUUGAAAUUUAUUUGCUUAGUAAAUACUAAGUUCUGAAGAAGGAAAUGGAGAAAACUCAGACUCCGUUGUCAGAAUAGGGAUUAAUAAGAGGAGCCUUUUUUGUCUUUCACUCAGUUGAAGUCAAAUGCUGAAAGCUGCACAGUAACAACUGCAGACUACUUCACGAUUGCCUCUUUUCUCCCCCAGUGAGUCCCAGCCAGCUCUUAGUGUCGAGUGGUGAACUGUGUGUGGUUCCCUCUGCUUGGAGAUGAUGCAGAGAGCUACACGUCUGAAGAGGGAGCUGAACCUGUUAGCCACAGAGCCACCCCCAGGCAUCACAUGUUGGCAAGAGAAGGACCAGAUGGAUGAUCUUCGAGCUCAAAUAUUAGGUGGAGCCAACACACCUUAUGCAAAAGGUGUGUUCAAGCUGGAAGUUAUCAUUCCUGAGAGGUACCCAUUUGAACCUCCUAAGAUCCGAUUUCUGACUCCAAUCUACCAUCCAAACAUUGAUUCUGCUGGAAGGAUUUGUCUAGAUGUCCUCAAAUUGCCACCAAAAGGUGCUUGGAGACCAUCCCUCAACAUUGCAACUGUGUUGACUUCAAUUCAGCUGCUUAUGUCAGAACCCAACCCCGAUGACCCACUCAUGGCUGACAUAUCCUCAGAAUAUAAAUAUAAUAAGCCAGUCUUCCUUGAGAAUGCCAGGCGGUGGACGGAGAAGCAUGCAAGACAGAAACAGAAGGCUGACGAGGAAGAGAUGCUGGACAAUCUACCAGAGGCCAGUGACCCGGAGGCACACAACGCUACACAGAAAAGGAAAGCCGGGCAACUGGGAGGGAUGGAAAAGAAAUUUCACCCAGAUGUUUAGGGGGUUUCUCUUGCUAUUACUUAAUAUAUCUUCGUUCUCUGCCAAGGUGGUCUAAUUUGCCUACCUUUCUUGAACGUCUUUCUUAGUAUUUGAUGACACAGUCUUUGUAUCCUGUAAAACAAACCCUGUAUAUUUAUGUAUUCUGCACUACAGUGAUUCACUGAGUAUUAUCUGUUAUUUAUCUUGUACAUACGUAUUUUAAAACCUCUUGACCUGAAAAAUAAAUAACCAUUAAAUGUUGACUAUGUGUUUAUCCCGAAUGUGU